AUGUCAGCAGAGGAAAUUGUUAGUACGGAAGUAGCUGUUGAUGAGGUUUCUGAAGGUGAGACUGGUUUAGUUAAGGAAACUGAUGCUAAGGCUAAAUCAUUGGUUCCUGCACCUGUUCCAACUAAAUCGCCUUGGAAAGCUGUUAGUUCUGAUAUUCCAGUUCAAGAGAUAUCACUUGAGUCGAAGAAGAGUUUAAAGCCAAAGAAAAAGAACAAUAGCGGUUCUUCCAGUUCGAUUAAAUUAAAUUCUUCGACGAAAUGGGUUCCAAUCAAGGCUUCCAUUGUUGUCUCAAGUGAUAAAAAUGACAAUAAUGGCAAGAGAAAUAACUCAAAAAAUAAUUCUAGUAAAGGUGGUAAGAAGAAACAGUUAAAUGGGAAAUCACAACAACAUCCAAGUAAAUCUCAAAAUGGUAAGAACGAAAAGAAAAACGAACCCGUAAUAUCUAGUAAUGACACUUCUAAAAAGGAUGAACAUGAUAAAUCCACUCAAAGAAGAAAAAAUAACAAGAACAAUCAAAGGAAAAAACACGAUAACAAUUCUGUAAAUGAAAAAUAUAACAAUAACAAUAAUUCUAAAAACAAUCAUAAUCAAAAUCAUCAACAAAAACAAAAUAGAUACCACGACUAUGCUUCUCAUUAUAAUUCUCAUCAAAUGUAUCAACCAUACUAUUCAAUUCAGCCAUUGAUCGCAGCUGUAAAUAACGUGGCAAGCCAAAUUGAAUAUUACUUCUCUAAGGAAAACUUGGAAAAAGACGCUUUCUUAAGAUCAAAGAUUUUAAAUGAUGGUUAUGUCGCAUUAUCUCUAAUCUCUAAGUUUUAUAGAGUUGUAAAUAUGUCAUUCGGUGGUGACACCAACGUCAUUUUGGCUGCAUUAAGUGAAAUCAUCAAUAAUGAAAAUGCUACCGUCGAAGUUGCUAUUGGUUCCAUUGAAGAGUCAAAAGCUGAAUCUGCAUUGGAUAUGUAUUUCAUCCGUUCAAAGGAAUGGGUGGAUUAUGUUCCAGUUGAAGUUACUGAAAAAGUUACUAUCAAUUCCACUUUAUCUGGAAGUGAUCUAGAUCAAUACAGAAUCACUAUACCCCAAAUUCAAAAUUUUUCACAACAACAUACCCAAGAUACACAACAACAUACCCAAGAUACACAACAAGAAGAGCAAAAUUAA